AUGGUAUCAGCUGUGAUUCUUACUAAAUUCAUUAUUACGCUGAUCACUGGGAUAUCUGGGACCAUCGCAGGCUGCUCAGUAUUCCAUGUGUACAUCAAACACAGGAGAGAGACCAGCAAUCUGGGUGUCUGUGAUAAAAUCCAGCUUGUUACAGUGCUGACAAAUCUCCUCUUACAGGGCGUAAUGACUGUUCAUGGCAGUUUUGAGUACUUUGGAGUUUACCUGAUGUUGGAAAAUAACAUGUUAUUAUUAUUGAUGUUUACGGCACAACAUGUACUUAUUGUUGUCAGUUUCUGGAACACCGCCUGGCUCUCUAUCUUCUACUCUGUUAGUUUGGUCAACGUUUCCCACCAGUUUCUCCAUCGUAACAAAGCAAGGUUCAUUUCUUCUGUUCCUCAGCUCGUAAUGGGAUCACUGCUAUGGUCCAUUGUUAGUAACAUCCCGACCUUCUUCACAGCAACCGUAGAAAAUGUCAGAAAUAACACAGACGAUCCAUUUGGUUACAUAAUUCUGUGGAAUUCUUAUGACGUUAUCAUUGGUUCACUGAUCAGAUUCUUUAUUCCAUUUUCUAUGACGUGUCUGGGUAUCGGGGUCAGUGUCAGAUCUAUACUGAGACACAUCUGGAGAAUGACGCAGGAGGACUCUCAUCUAACAUCUGCCCAGCUCCAGGGUCAUGUCCGAGCGGUCAGGUCACUGGUUGUACGUUUCAUACUGGACAUCCUCUUCUUUUUCACAACAACAAUAAUUACUGUUUUAUCACCAUUGAACUAUAUUGAUUAA